UGUGUGUGUGUGUACACACGCACAAGGGGGACGGGUUUGUCCGGUCAAACACACGGGCUGUCAUUUCGCCUCAAUUGUGUUGGGAUUGAGAGAGGGAAUUAAGCAAAAUACCGAAGAAGAAGAAGAAGAAGAAGACGAGGAAAGAAGGCAAAGAAGAAGAAGGUCGCAGCUGAAACUUUAAAAGAUGGAACAUUCGUCCAGCAACAACCGGUUUCGGUCCACAAUCUUCAACCACGAUGAUGAGAUUGCAGAGUGCACUGUAGCCCCAGUUGCAAUGGAGGAAAGUGACCAUGAGGCUCACUCUUCAUCAGACGAGCAGGACUCAUGCCCUGCCUCCCCUAAUCACAGCAGAGACCAUGAUAAAGAGCAGCAUUCAAGCCAUUCAGACGACUCAGAGGUGGAGAACAUUAUGCAAGACCCUCACCACCAAGGAGGGCACGGCCACCGCCACCAUGACCAUAAGCACCUCCACCACCAUCAUGGCCAUGAGCCUCAUGAUGCAGACAGGGAAGCUGAGGGCGAAGACCGCCCCCACACCCCGUCAUAUUUGCGCCCCCCUGUUGCAGGCAGGGCGCAGUCGGAUUCAGGUUCAGACCCCAGUUUACUGCAGAGCCGAAGUGUGGAGUUUGACUUGCCAUGUCCCAUCAGUCCCACCAGGCCCAAGAGUCCCUGGGGUCGAUUUGAUCCGUACAGCAAUAAUGAGGACCAGGACAAGGAAUAUGUGGGUUUUGCAACGUUGCCAAACCAGGUGCACCGCAAGUCAGUGAAGAAGGGAUUUGACUUCACGCUCAUGGUGGCAGGGGAGUCUGGCCUGGGAAAGUCCACCCUGGUCAACAGUCUCUUUCUCACAGAUCUUUACAAAGAUAGAAAGCUGCUUAAUGCUGAAGAGCGAAUCACACAAACGGUAGAAAUCACCAAACACACAGUGGAUAUAGAAGAGAAAGGUGUCAAACUGAAGCUCACCAUCGUGGACACCCCUGGGUUUGGGGAUGCUGUAAACAACACUGAAUGCUGGAAGUCAGUGGCUGACUACAUCGACCAGCAGUUUGAGCAGUACUUCAGGGACGAAAGUGGCCUCAACCGCAAGAACAUCCAGGACAACCGUGUACACUGCUGCCUCUAUUUCAUCUCACCCUUUGGUCAUGGCCUCCGGCCUUUGGAUGUGGAAUUUAUGAAAGCUCUGCAUGAGAAGGUGAACAUUGUCCCCAUUUUGGCCAAAGCAGACACACUCACCCCUAGUGAGGUCAAGAAGAAGAAAAUUAAGAUCAGAGAGGAGAUUGAGCAGUAUGGUAUCAAAAUUUACCAGUUCCCUGACUGUGACUCCGACGAAGAUGAGGACUUUAAGCAGCAGGACCUUCAGCUGAAGGAAAGCAUUCCCUUUGCAGUGAUUGGCAGCAACACGGUGGUGGAGGCCAAAGGGAAGAGGGUGCGAGGCCGUCUCUAUCCCUGGGGCAUCGUAGAGGUGGAAAACUCGGCACACUGUGACUUUGUGAAGCUGAGGAACAUGCUUGUUCGCACACAUAUGCAAGAUCUGAAGGACGUGACCCGGGAGACUCACUACGAGAACUACAGAGCCCAUUGCAUCCAGAGCAUGACACGCAUGGUUGUGAAGGAACGCAACCGCAAUAAACUAACCAGAGAGAGCGGCACAGACUUCCCCAUCCCCGUGGGGCCCGGAGUGGCGGACAGCGAUACAGAAAAGCUCAUCCGAGAGAAGGAUGAGGAGUUGCGGCGGAUGCAGGAGAUGCUGGAGAGGAUCCAAGAUCAAAUGCACACUCAGAAAGACGGCUAUUAACGCAGGACAGCACCGUGUACAUGUCUGUCUGUAACUGGGAUAAAAACAAAAGAAAACGCCCAGGAAACCUUUGUUCCUCUCCAGAACAUUGACAUCCCUAUGUGUCCACCCAACCACCACUCAACCUCAUUGAUAGCACGUUCCACUUGGAUCAGGGACCUGCGAGGAGGUGGUAAGAUGUUCCGACAUUUUCAGCUUCCCUUUAUCCUCGUGACAUUAUGGCACUACUGCUGCAAAACACUUGACCCUCCACUGUUUUCUGUUCUGACAAAACUUUAAAAUAAUUUCAAAACAUUUUUUUUUUGGUUUAAACCAACUUUAAUGGUAAGGGCGGGGGAAUAGCAGCGUAUGUUGCGAUCAGAUUUUCCAAAAUCUGAACUUUAUUUAGCCACAUGAUCACAAUGUUGUUUUAUUUUAUUUUUUACAUGAGGCUUACAUGUGGUGACCUGCUCGGAUUUUUUUAAGCACACUUUUCUGGUGCAGGGUUUUUUUUAAUAUUAUUUCUAUAGGUCAACAUGCAUACUGUAAUAAUUUAAUUUUCUAUAUUACACUCAAACAUUUGUUCUCCUGUUUGUCAUCUUGUAUGUGUUUGUGGUUUUAUUUAAACUACACUGCUUGACAUUAUGUAUGGAUGAUUGUUUUAUGUAGAUUCCCCUUCAGCAGAGGUUCCCGUUGGUGGAUUUGGUUUAAUCUUAAUGCAGGUAUUUAGAUUAGUUAAACGUUUUGUUUUAUUAAUGUCUGCAUGUCAAUUAUACUUGCCACCUUUGCUGCCUGACAGCAUGGAUUUUAGUGGCUCUGCUCAAUCUUGGCCAGUCUUAACUCACCGCAUUGCUUACUGAUGCCAUAUCAACAUUUUGAAUAAUCGUACUUUUUACCUGGCAAAUGAGUCCUUUAUUAUUUUGAGUUGUUUUAAAGUCAGUUCAUCUCAUGACAAAACAGACAGUUCACAUGUGAGAGCUGAUGAAGGCCGUUAGUUGUUAGAGAUGAUGAGGACUUUGAUAAGACAAGACCCUUUGAUUGGCGUGAUGUGAGUGUCCAAGGGAAGGGUUGCAUCAAAGGCCAUGCAGUGUAUUUAUUUUUGCAUGUGUUAUGUGAAGGAUUCUCAGAUUGCAGAUCAAUUAAGUGAUCGUAUGGGUAUUUAUGGGCAAUGAAAAUAUGUAGCUACUUAAAUGUAGGGGAAAUAUAUUGGAAAGAGGUGGAUUUUGUUAUUUUAUUUUAGUUGGUUAUAAUUAUGUCCUCAGUUCAAGGGAACUUAUAUGUUGGAUGUGUGCUAAUCUUAUUGUUUAUCUUAUAACCAAAGCCAACAAAGACAAACCUAAAUUGUCCCAAAUUUUUGAUUUUUUGUUUUGUAUUGACAUGAAGAAUAGGACUUAUCAAAGCCAAGAGUAAUGAACAGAAUUAUUGGAUGAACUUGAUUCUCCUGCUAAUUGUUUCUAUGAUCCUAUGUGCGACCUUUUUUUGGAAAUGAGAUGACUCUGCCAUGUUGGGUGACCUUUGUUAUGUUCAAAAAAAAAAAAAGUACAUUCCUCGAGCUUCUGCCCCAGAGUCAGGUAUUACAUUUGUUUCUGAAUUUGUUUUAUAUUAAAUUUGUCUUUUGUUAUUCUA